GAGAAGCUAGUGCACUGUGAUCACCAGCAUGGACUAACCAAAAGUACCAGGCAGAGGAGACUGCAUGGACAGGAAGAAUCAUAGUAAAUGGAAGAUUUGGAGACUAACUUAAUCCAGUCACGCAGAGCCUGUAGAAUAGAGCAAAUGGUGGCAAAAUGGCUUCAUCGCUCUCGGGAUGGUGCAUCUAGGGGCACAGUUUCUGUGACAGACAGCACCAGUGAUGGCAGUGGCCAGCCUGCCAGCCGUGUCAAACUUACUGUCACAGUUUACAAAGACUUGAUCCUCUGUCACUAUGGCUUUGAGAUCUGUCCAAACCUUCCUCUUACGAUUGCAUCUGUCACUGCAGGCAGCACCGCCGAAGGGAAGCUGCAGCCGGGCGACCAGCUCCUCCAGAUCAACUCUACCGUGGUGAACGAUGUGUCUGUCGAUCAAGCAGCCGCCAUCAUCAGGGAGGCCGGUGACCAGCUGCUCCUGACUGUCCUGCGCUGCACAUCGGGUGGUCCCAAGUCAUCGUUUCUCACCGCAGAGAAGAGGGCAAGGCUGAAAACGAACCCUGUGAAGGUGCGGUUUGCAGAGGAAGUGCUGGUGAACGGGCACUUGCAGGGGAAUUCUCUUCUUUGUAUGCCCAACGUUCUCAAGGUGUACUUGGAAAAUGGACAGACAAAGGCUUUCAGGUUUGAGGUGAACACUACUGUCAAGGACAUCGUCCUCACCCUGAAGGAGAAGCUCUCCAUCCGGAGGAUUGCACACUUUGCCCUGGCUCUGGAGGAGCAGUACAACGUGGCAAAGAUCCACUUGCUGCAUGAGGAGGAGCUCAUUGAGCAGGUGGUCCAAAAAAGAGAAUCUCAUGACUACCGGUGCCUCUUCAGAGUUUGCUUUGUCCCAAAGGAUCCUUUAGACCUCCUGCAGGAAGACCCAGUUGCUUUCGAGUAUCUCUACCUGCAGAGCUGCAGUGAUGUGCUUCAGGAAAGAUUUGCUGUGGAAAUGAAAUGCAGUGUGGCAUUACGUCUGGCUGCUCUGCAUAUACAGGAGAGGAUCUAUGCUUGUGCUCAGUCACAGAAAGUAUCCUUGAAAUACAUUGAGAGGGACUGGGGAAUCGAAAACUUCAUCUCACCAACUUUGCUUCAAAACAUGAGAGGGAAGGACAUAAAGAAGGCCAUCAGCUACCACAUGAAGCGGAACCAGCUGCUUCUGGACCCUCGACAGAAGCACAGGCUUGCAGCGGUCCAAGUGCGCCUGAGCUACCUGCAAAUACUGGGAGACCUGAAGAUGUACAAUGGGAAGAUCUUUAAUGCCACCCUGAUGCUACAGGACAGAGAAUCAUAUGUUGCAUUGCUGGUGGGUGCCAAGUACGGGGUCAGCCAGAUUAUCAAUAAUAAGCUCAACAUCAUAACGAGUCUGGCAGAGUUUGCAAACAUCAGCAGGGUGGAGCUUGCAGAGGAGUCUGAAAAAGUGAACAUGGUGAAAAUCUAUCUGCAGGAUCUGAAGCUGCUGACUCUACUGCUGGAAUCAAACAGUGCAAAAGACCUUGUCUGCCUGAUCACUGGCUAUUACAGACUGUUUGUGGAUGCAAAUGCCUCCAUAUUUACCUGGGGAGAGAAAAAACAGCAACUGCACCAUGUCUCAGCUGAAGAAGGGUAUGAAUCUCGAACUUGCAGUGACUCUGAAGACUCCUGGGAGCUGGAUUCCUCCUCAGAUCAUUGCUUGGACACUCCUGUAGCAUACAGUAGCACUCAUCCUGUGUGCAACGAGGAGGAGGAGUUUGGAGAGCUGGAGGAGAACAGCAGGAAGUCCAAAACUGGUGGGAGUGACCGAUGUGGUGGAGGUGACAAUGCAACAGACAGCACAUCUGAGGCUUCAGAUUCAGCCAACACUGAGAGCCGAGGGUUUAAGACAAGUGGCUCCAGUGACUCCAUGGAUGCACUGGAAGAAGAGGAGUUGGAAGCCUGCUCUUCCUCCAGACCGGAGUUCUUCCACUUCUGUGCACCAACAGUGCAGGAGAUGAGCAGAUCAGACAAGAGCUUCUUUCCCAUUCAUGCUGCAGGAGGUUCCAGCAAGGCAGAAGCCAGAGACUACUUCUGCUUCUUGCAAGUACCCCAUGCAGAGGAGGCUGUAUGUGAAGAUAGCCCCUCUGAGCAGAGAGGAGAGGACACCGAUGCGUCUGUGCUUGAGACCAAGCUGUCUGAAAGAAACACUGUGGGCUACUACAGCCUGUGCUACAGCUUAUCUCCUGCAGGCAGCAUGGAGAGGAGCAGCAACAAUCACAGCCCUCAAGGAAGUCCUUUGAAAGAUGGGUCUGCCCAGGAAAAGGCACCAUGUGGAGCAGAGCAGAUGGCAGACACAAGUGACCUUAUUUUGGAGCCACCCCCAGGCUUUGGUGACACCAGCUCUGAGGAGGAGUUCUAUGAUGCUGCAGACAGGCUCAGCCCUCCUGAUGCCCUGGCAGGCUGCACCAUGACACCCCAGGAUGGUACAGACCCCUCCUGCAUCCUAAAGGAAUUGAGAUGUUACAGCUCAGGGGAAAACCUGGUGAGAAGGCAGGCAGCAAGGGAGGAACACAGAAAAGAGAAGGAGCUGCUACAUGCCAAGAGCCUGAGGAAGAGGAGAUCUUUCCUGAAAACCGAUUACACCUCGCAGGUCACUUUCCCGUUGGCCUUGCCAGGCUCUCUGCAGAGCUGCUGCUCUUGGACACCCCCACCCACACUCCCUGCUCUACCCCCUGCACAGAGCACCAGAAGGGAUGCAGAGCUCGGGCUUGCUGCUACCACCCAGUCCCAGAGGGACACAGCUGGCACAAACCGAUCCUCUGACCUGAUGGAAAUGGAACCUGACACAAUGGAAACAAAAUCAGUGACAGACUCGGUGGUUUCUUCCAUCUCGGCUGUUCGCCUGCAGGGUGCCCAGCAUGGGGAGGAGGGUGCAGGGGUUGCCAUACCUGUCGAGGGUGGCCUCCAACUUGGACAUGCUGUACACCCACCUCUCCUGUCCCUGGGGGAAGCUGUGCCCCUUCCUGGGGGACAAAGCAGAGCUGCCCAGGGAAGUUCCUCCAUGAAGGCAAGUGCUGGGUGUCUGAGUGAGGAGAGCUGUGUGGCCACUGGAGGCUGGCUGGCCCCAGGGGCAUUGCAAGAGCUGGAUGAGGGGACAGCAGCCCAGCAAAAGGCUGGUGAUGUACCCCCACUGCAGGGGCCAGAGGGGACUGGCCCUGCUAAAGAAAAUGUGCUGCUGCCAACAGCUCAUGGCCCCACUGUGGCCUCUCCCCAUGAAGUGGUCCAGGACCAGGCACUGCUGCCCACUGCUGGGAGGCAAGCAGAGUGUGAGACACCUGUCCCAGCUCCCUGUGGAGAAGCAGAAGCCAAUUGUGACAGCUGUGCUGGAAGCAGCAGUGACCGUGCCCCAUCCCAGGCCAAAAGCAGACACAUGAUAAGCAAGGAAGCCUUACAGAAGGUGCGCAAUAAAACCCACGUGGGUUUUCCAGAUGCAGCCCAGCUCUUAACAGACUGCAGCCACACUUCAGGGGUUAUAACUCGCCUCUCCUGGCUCUCGUUUGGGGUGAGGACAGACCUGGUAUCACCCAGCCCAUCUCAGGAAAGCGCAGACAUCCCACUAGAGCUUUUGGCCUCUAAAAAUACCAGUGGGUGCCUGGGGCCUGAUGCUGCCAGAAGGGAGAUGCAAACAUCCCCAGCUGGACCAUCCUUUGAGAAAGGGUUGGUAAGCAGCCAGGGGCUGGAUGAAGGAGAGCUCAGCAAAGACACAGGAGAUGUGGCUCACAAACAGCCACAGGCUGUUCACACUCUUCUUCCCAGAGAACAGGCUCCCCAGGUAGAGAAGGACUGUCCUCUGACUCCAUCUCUAGGGCUUUCCAUCUCCUCAGGCCCAUUUUCCUUUGGCUUACUGGGGAAAAGAACAGGAGACCAUGGGGCUUCAAAACUCUCCUUCCUCUGCUUUAACCACAAGAAGGAUGAGCAGACCCCUUCUGACCCCAUCAUGACUAGGUCCUUGGAUUUUUCCACAAUGAAGAAGACAUUACCACCACAACUUGGGACAGAGAAGUGCAGCUGUCCACUGUCCUAUGUCAGCUGUUUCCACAGGCCUGACGACAAGGGGGAAUGCGAAGCCACCAUGCCCAUAUGCAGCACAUUUCUGCAGCCCCUCACCACCCCACCAUCCAGCAGCCACAGUCUUCCUGGGGCCCCUGUGGGCAAUUACCCAGUCUCCAUUGCUAGGGAUAUGGCGUGGUGGGACCCUCAUGUUCGAGCCCUCAGACAGCUGAAGGACCAAGCACAGGUGAACUCUGCGGAGUUCUCCUGCUUCCUAGCCUAUAUCACAGAGCUUCAGGAGGUUGUGGGGAAGCUCUCUGGGAACCAAGCAGCUCACCUGCAAGAUCAGUGUGCAGAGCAGGGCACUGAGAGCAAGGGUGCCCUUGGCUUAGCCUCCCGAGACCUACUGUCCAGUUGCCAGGAGCUCCUUAAAACAGAGCAGCCCCUCAAAGAGCUGCAGGAUGCCCUGAGGGUGACAUUUGGCCACCUGGUUCAGCUGGUGGUGACCUGCUUCCAGGUGACACACUGCCAGCUGUGUAGGCAGAGGCAGCAGGAGCUCAAGGCUGCACUAGUAGACGUGGUGGGCACCUACCACCAGCUUGUGCAGGCUGUUCACCAGCAGCUUUGCAGGCAGGGCUGCCCAGAUCUGGGUGCCAGUCUUCUUGCCCGCCAACACACAGCUCUUACAGCUGCCAUGUAUUGUCUACUGCAACAGUUCAGGGUUCCCCAGUUGUUGUGACAGGGAUGUUUGGUGGGUGGGGGAGAUCCCAGCCAUGUUCUGUCACUCCACUUACCAGGCUCUCCCCCGUGUGUCCACUCGUGUCUGCUUUGCUCCACCAGGAGCUGCCCGGUCUGGGGUGGCCAGGGGAGGACACUCCAUACUCCAGCCCUUGUGUCACUCUGUGUGCACAAUCCCUGUGUAAAGUGCGAACUCUUAGAGUACUUAGUGGCUUAUGCACCUUGCCUGGGGCUUGUCCCUCCCCUCCCAAACACCUUGCAGGUGGCCCGUCUCAAGGUGUUGUUUUAGAUGCCUUUUGUCCCCUGUGGAGAAAGACAGGAGCCCUUUGGCCUGCUUGUCCUGCUCAUUGCACUCCAGGCAAACUCUGAAGUAGAGUGAUGUCAAAUCCCACCCUAGCCUGACAUGAAGGAACCCAGUCUGCUUUGUCCACCUUCUGUGGCUAAGGAUGUGUCUGUACUUGUAAUGGAAAACUCUUUGGGGAUACUCUAUUUAAUUGCUUUUCCUUGCAAGGACUCAAGAGAAGGAAGGUGGUCCUAAGAGAGGGAGGCAACACCAGAUCUUGUUCUUCUGAUACGAUUUCUGUGCUUCAGCCAGUUCUGCUCAUUUGCUUUACUGAUGCUUGAGAACGACCCUGAUUAACCUUGCCAUGCUGCUUAUGGAUCCAUGUAUUCCAGAAGGAAUAAGCUUCAAGACAUACCACCUCCACAGCUGUGGAGAUGACCCAUUACACUGACCUGCCUGGGGGAAGGUGAGCCCCUUUUCCCAACCUUGUCAGUAGCUUCUCUGCCCUGUGCAGUGUGUCCCUGGCCAGGUGUGGCUGUCCUCAGCCAUGGUCUGACUGCAUGUCCCUGUCAGGUCAGGGCUUCAGUGUUGGGGGCAAGAUCCUCAGGCAGUGACUGAGGACAGGGCAUGGGCAAGUCGCUAGUUGUCUGGUGUCUGAUUUGGGGUGUUUGGGAGCCAUGUGCUUUCCCUGAGGGAUGUCUGCAGUAGGCCAGCUGCUGCAGCCAAGGGUGCUCAGGAUAUAGGGGUCAGCAGCAGAGCUUUGCUGAGGUACCCCCACAAUUUUUGCUCAUUCUUUAAUGCUUCCAGAGGGAGUAAAGGGCAAGUCCUUGCAGCUGAACCCCUAGUGUGGAAGAUGAUGGCAGCUGGGGCAGCUGGGAGUGCUGCAGCACCCCUGAGAAACCUCCCUAACCAGGAAGACACUUCACAGCCAGGUAUGCUAACACCCACAGGAAUUCAGCAACCUGUAGCAACCCUGCAGCUGCUGCUCUGAGUGCCCACAGGCAGGGGCAGGCAGCAGGCAAGCAGGGACAGGGUGGCCAAGGUCACUGGGAGGGCAGCACUGCCAGCUGGUUUGGGUUAGCAUGUGCUGCUGCUUGGGCCUUCCGUUACAAAAGAUUCUCACACUGCAGGCCAAAUGCAGAGCUCUGUAUAGAGGACCUGGGGGACAUAAUGAGUAAGAACCCCUAGGCCCUGUGGGGCAUCAGAGGAGCCUGUAGGGCUCAGCAAAGCAAUAGGCACCAGCAGACAUGAACUCAGACCAUGGGGGAACAACACCCUGUGUCCAGCAACUGCUGCUGCAGGCCCCUCUGUCUCACAGAAACUGGAUUCCAGGUGGUGUAAAAGGAGAAAGGAAAAUACAGAAGUCUAUGAGAGAGUCAUUUAUCUUAGAAGAUAAGACCUUCAGAUCCUUCCUCUGGUAGUUGGAUGUCAUUGACCGUGAGGAGGGAUGGGGUUGCAUCUAGUUUGUUGGGGAUUUUUUUUUAAAAAUGGCUAAGAACAUAGCAACUUCUAUCCAUCAAGCCCACUUUCUGCUGUGGUUGUGAAAUACCUCCAUGCUUUUUGUGCAGAGCACAGUCAAACCCCAGGUACCUUUCCAGAAGGAACAUCGAGGCUAGUGAACUUCACGUGUCAGUGCAUGAUAAUGCAGAUGCAUGGAUCAGUAACUAAGGAUGCAACAGGAGUCCAAGAGUAAACAUUUUAUUUUAGCUUAGAUGCACAGAAUUACCCAUAGGUUUAAACAACUCACCAGGUCUUCAACUGGUUUAAAGUUGGUAGGAUAUGAUGCACCUGGGAACUGUUUCUCACUUGAGAAUCACUUCCCAUCCCAUGUUCCCCUCACUGGAACAGCACUGCCCUUUUCCAUGGGAAGGAAUUAUUUCUCACAAGUGAGCUUUGCAAUUCUAACUUCACCUUGCUUAUUGUUUAAUCAAGAUGAAAGAAAUACCUUAAAGCUCUUGUCCCAGAACAAGUGUAGAAAGUGUUAGUCAGAAACACACUAACAAGCAUCUGCAGAGAAGCAGAACUGAAUUCCCAUCAGUUUUUACUUAAUCCCAGCGCUCCAUCAACUUUUGUUUUCUGCAAAAGAGGAAAAGUAAUUUCCAGCAUUGUCCUGCAGAGGUAGAAUGUGUCACACUCAAUGAGGUUCUUAAGAUUUCAGCAGAGCUGUUUUCACUAUGAACAUUGAUGCUGGUGCCUCUCCCUGAAGUUUGGAGUUUGCCUCUCCUCAUCUGCAUAGCUCCAUAACCUCACCAAAUAAAGUUUUCUUGUGUGUUGUCA